AUGCUAUGCUGACGCAUGGAUGGGACAGAGGUCCUGCCACUCUCCUCUUCCAACUCCAACCACUACCUGCGUUUUUACUUCACAGGUGCUACUUCUCUUUUUUGUGAAUUCUCCGUCAAACCUCAGUCCAGUGCUGGACGACCAUGGUGUGAGGUUCGAGGCUAUGUCAAAAGAAACCUGUUUCUUUCCUACAACUGUCAGAGCAAGGAGCUCACACUUGUUGGUCCUAUGAGGACGAGGAUGAAUGAUACAGGGUUUAGGGAGACACAGAAAGAAACUCUGAAUGACCUGAUGGAAGAGCUCCAAAAGAAAGUGCGUGACAUCAAAGCAGAGAUUUACCCUAAGAAUGGUUCUCUCGACCUGCAUGGUGAGAUGAAGUGUGUUCGUGGGGCCAGCAGAUACACCAGUGCAUCCUGGUGGAGUUUGCCUUCAAUGGGCAGAUAA